GGACACAAAAUGCUGGAGUAAUUCAGCGGGACAGGCAGCAUCUCCGGAUAGAAGGAAUGGGUGACGUGUUGGGUCUGAAGAAGGGUCUCGACCCGAAACGUCACCCAUUCCUUGUAUCCAGAGAUGCUGCCUGUCCCGCUGAAUUACGCCAGUAUGUUGUGUAUCUUCGGAGAACUAACCUGUUUCUGGCCUGCCUGUGUAUUGUUCACUUAUUUAUUCGUGCAACAAUCUAGAAGUACUUCAGAAGUACUUCGCGCUGAACUUGAGCAUUUAUGAAACGAUGAAUACAUGAGAUGGCUUUUAGCUGAUGGUGCCCUACACUAGCGAAGUAACAAACGUGCCGUGACAAAGUAAAGAGAAUAUCCGAAACAUUUCGGAGAUCUUUAGGACAAUGUCACGACCUAUCCCUUCAAUUUAUGGAGGGUGUAGCGAAAAUGAUAUUCUGAUGCAAGUCACAUUGUGUAUAAAUGACAGCCACAUGUGAUUCAAAGUCUACGUUGAUUUUUACUUCGCGAACCAAGUAAAUGUUUUCAUCGGUUGAUUUUCCAUUCUCUGCUCAGAUACAUUUACCAUUUAUCACCUGCUCCGAUCUAAGGGUCUGUAUUCCUUUAAAUGACAAUCUGUCAAUUCUUCUGGUAAACAAGCACGUUGGCAAAUCUUUCGUACUUUGAAUUGUUGUGCGUCGCUGUGUAUUUUCCUUCUAUCGCUACUUCUGCAAAACAGAGGUCAGGGUGUGAUUAACACGCAGCGAGAGCCCCGCCUUCCGGGGCUUGCAUAUAAGGGAACGUUCCUUCACAUUUCGUGCCCAGUGAAUCAGUUGCAUCGUAACUAGUCAACACACGUCAAUCAUUUAGAAGGUAGGCAUCAGGCGUAAGAAAUGAAUAUGGACUCAGACUGCAACAUGGCUCCAGUGACUUCCGGAAACGGCAAACUUCGCCAGUGGUUGAUCGACCAGAUUGACAGUGGUAAAUAUCCCGGGCUGAUCUGGGAGAACGAAGACAAGACCAUUUUUCGGAUUCCUUGGAAACAUGCCGGCAAACAGGAUUACAACCGAGACGAGGACGCUGCCCUUUUCAAGGCUUGGGCACUUUUCAAAGGCAAAUUUCGUGAAGGAAUUGACAAACCAGAUCCACCAACAUGGAAGACUCGGCUACGAUGUGCCUUAAAUAAGAGCAAUGAUUUUGAUGAGUUGAUUGAUCGCAGUCAACUGGAUAUUUCAGACCCAUACAAAGUGUACAAAAUUAUACCAGAGGGGGCCAAGAAAGGAGGAUCAAAACAAGUAAGCAUGGAAGAUCAACAGAUGCUUGUCAACCAUCAUCCUUACCCUACAUACUCAUCUAUGCCGCCCCAGCUACCAAACUACAUAGUACCGCAUGAACGCAGCUGGAGAGAAUAUGAACAGCCACAUCCUGAACUCUCCUAUCAAUGCUCACCAGUGCCUUUCGCUCCACGAAAUCAUCAUUGGCAAGGACCUGGUUGUGAAAAUGGUUAUCAAGUUACUGGGUCGUUUUAUACUUGUGCAUCUGCUGAGUCACAAGCACCUGGUAUUCCCAUUGAAGCUAGUAUGAGAACUGGUGAAGCACUGGCCCUCUCGGACUGUCGGCUACAAAUUUCUUUGUAUUAUCGAGAAACCCUGGUGAGAGAAGUGACAACUACGAGUCCUGAAGGUUGUAGAAUAGCGCAUGUCCACGAUGAUAAGCCAUUUGCAGCUGGCAACAUAGAUCAGGUGUUGUUUCCUUAUCCGGACAGCAAUGCACAGCGCAAGGGUAUUGACAAGCUUCUCAAUCACUUGGAGAAGGGGGUCCUGCUGUGGAUGACCCCUGAUGGUCUAUACGCCAAACGGUUGUGCCAGAGCAGAAUCUACUGGGAAGGACCUUUAGCGCCAUACAAUGACAGGCCCAACAAACUGGAGAGAGACCAAGUCACAAAACUGUUUGACACACAACAGUUUCUAAUGGAGCUGCAGAGCUGUGCACAUCAUGGGCGUACAUUCAUGCCAAGAUACCAAAUUGUAUUUUGUUUUGGAGAGGAAUUUCCAGACCCACAAAGAUCGCGAAAACUAAUCACAGCACAUAUUGAGCCGGUGUUGGCCAAGCAGCUUUAUUACUUCACCCAGCAGAACAGCGGACACCUGCUUCGAGGGUAUGAAAUGCCUGAUCAUGUGAACAGUGUGGAGGAUUAUCAUAGAUCUAUUCGACAUUCAAUACAAGACUGAAAGUUUGAAGACCCGUUGAUUUUAUUGUGAAGCUCAAGGUGACAUGGGAAAGCCGCAAGUCCAGCAACUUCUGCAGUUUCAAUAAAGGGAAAUUGCCCCUUUCUGUCUUCUGUCACUCUACAAAAGCUUGGAUUCCAGGAGUAACUCAGUCAUCUGUUGAAGAUUGCUAAUGGACUGUCCUAUAUUUGUGGCAUUGUGAGUGAUGAUACACUGUGACAUAGACUACUGAGAUGAUUACAGUAAUUUUACUGUUUUGGAAUGAAAACUAAAGGAUUUGGCAAGUUUUUAUAGUCAUUGAAUCCUAGAGCGGGGAAACAGGCCCUUCGGCCCAGCUUGCCCAUGCCGGCCAACAUGUCCCAGCUACACUAGUCUCACAUGCUUGUGUUUGGCCCAUAUCCCUCGAAAACAAUCCUAUCCAUGUACCUGUCUAAUUGUUUCUUGAACAUUGUGAUAGUCCCUGCCUCAACUGCCUCCUCUGGCAGUUCGUUCCAUACACCCACCACCCUUUGUGUGAAAAUGUUACUCCUCAGAUUCCUAUUUAAUGUUUUCCCCUUCACCUUAAACCUAUGUCCUCUCACCCCCAAUUCCCCUUCUCUGGACAAGGGACUCUGUGCAUCUACCCUACCUAUCCCUCUCAAAAUUGUAUACACCUCUAUAAGAUCACCCCUCAUCCUCCUGUGUUUCAAGGAAUAGAGUUCCAGCCUACUCAACCUCUCCCUACAGCUCACACCCCUUGAGUUCUGGCAACAUCCUCGGAAAUCUUCUCUGCACCCAUGGCAGUUUGAAUUUUAUUGGAAUACUUUGUGCUAUCCAAUGCUGUACUUGUAAGUAAAUGUAUUUAUUUUGGAAUUGUGAUUCUCAGGGAAGCCAAUACCUUUGCGAUUUUACAUCUGCGAUGUGAAAGAGAAUUCUGGGAUAUAAUAUCCCAAAUUAGCAUGCGAUUUAAAUUUCUCAGAAAUGUUUCAAUAUAUGUUUAAUUUUCUAAGCUGUUAAACAGAUUUUUUUCUAAUAAAAAUAAAGCUUUUAAAAAG